UCAGCAGGACCAAGUGCAAAUCUUGCUCAUUCUGAAAAUCCAACGGCUCCCACUUGCAUGCUUGCUCACUUGCUCGCUGAUCUGCAUCACCCUGCUGUGGGAAGAGAAGCUCACCAUAAGCUUUGCUUGGCCUCCACUCAGCUUUCUAGGAAAGAACAUUAGGCCUCAAACACAGCCUGGCUUGGAAACAGCUUUUCUGUCACACAACUCCAAGAGGAUCAACCAUCACAGAGGCACGCUGGAGCCUGCCUAGGUGUGGGCCAUUUACGACGUGACACCAUCUUGUCUCCACUUGGAAUUCUGUUUAACUGCUCCUUCUGUUCUGGAACAGAUGGCACAGGUCUGAUUCCUUCUCACAGCUCUAGGAAUCUAACUGGCUCUCACUGCCAGCUUGUGCGCUUCUGCUUCCCUGUCCUUCUCUACCUGCACAAAAUCAUCACACCAGGACAUGACAGGAGCCACAGACCUGAUGCUGUGGCAGUACCAGUUUCGCAUCAUCAUGCUGGGGGACUCCACGGUGGGCAAGUCCUCACUGCUCAAGCGCUACACAGAAGACCAGUUCCUCGAGAACAUCAACCAGACAGUGGGAGUGGACUUUUAUGUGCACUUUGUGGAAGUGGAACCUGGCAUUCGGAUCAAGCUGCAGUUCUGGGACACAGCAGGACAGGAGCGCUUCAGGUCAGUGACACGUUCCUACUACCGCAACUCAGUGGGUGGCCUGCUGGUGUUCGACCUGGGGAAUCGGGCCUCAUUCCAGCACGUCCAUGAGUGGUACACAGAGGUGCUGGAGAAGGUUCAGCCCCACACUGUGCUGUUUGUACUGGUGGGCAACAAGAGUGACAUGGAGACUGAGGAACGGCGGCAGGUGAGCCGUGAAGAGGCGGAGGAUCUAGCUGCACAAAUGGGGGUACCUUACGUGGAGGCCUCAGCCAAAAGCAGCCUGGGUGUAACAGAGGCCUUUGAGCUGCUAACACGUUGCAUCUUCCAGGCACUGCGCAGCGGCCAAGUGCAGAUACGUCAUGGUUGGGAUGGGAUCAAGUGCUCAAGUCCUCAGGCAAAGGAGGUCCACCUCUCAGAUAACAAAAUGGCUGCAGCCCAAGUCAAGAACUGCAGCUGCUAGCAUCCAGCUUACCAUGGGACAUUUUAACACAUACACCUCACAUAUGGACUUGGGUUGGGUUUCACACUGAAAACACACACCACCUGCAUAAAACUAAAAAAAUUCUACAAUAAAAAUACCUUGACUUCAGAGGACAUGUAUGUCAGAUGGCUAAAGAAAUUAUUUGGAUCUUCUUCAUUGUUAUGUCUCCUUGCUCUGUGCCAUUCAGGGGAAAAAAAAAUCACUAUGUAUACUGUAUUUUUAUCAGUUUAAAAUGUGUGGCAGUAUACCCAGAAUGACACUGACAGGAAAAUGUAAUCUUUCACCAAAAAUGUGCCUGAGCUGACAGAAAUGAUCAAUUUCUCAACAUCAGGGGUUGAGGGACUCCAAAGUGGGCAACCAUGGGACAUUUUAACACGUACACUUCACAUAUGGACUUGGGUUGGGUUUCACUUGCAUUUCAGUGCAUCUCCUUAGGCUAGUGAAGUCAUGACAACAAAAAGUGUCAAACAAGCAGAGUACUUUAGGAAGCCCAAACAAUAACAUACUCCUGGCACUCUAUCACAUCUCAGCUCCAUUUAUAAACAAAACAUUUGCUCAAAACAGAAACAUCAAGCUUUGAAUGUAAAGAAUGUGCACACCCUCAAUUACACUGUUACAAAACUGAAUUAGUUUUGAAUAAUUUUAUGAAUUUUAUUGGUAAAAAAGACAAAAUCAGCCAUGUUUCAUAAACAACAUGGGAAAUACAUGGACUGUCAACUUCAUCCUGAAUACUGUACACCCUCUACUGACAAAA